AACGAAUCAACCGAGUCCCGUCAGAAUUCUUUGAGCCAGAGUGGCGCCCAGACCGGCUACUUGAGUGAAACAUCGUUCACCAAACCGAACCUUAUAUUAAAAAUCAGAGCGCCAACUGACCCCAUACCUAACCCUGCAAGCAACGUGACGUCAGCUUUGAAGAAUAUUGAUCAAGAUUAUGACGUCAUUGGCACAGGAACCAAUCACGUGCUGCUUCAGUCGUAUUUUGAUCACAGUGAUAAAGUUUUUAAAGAAAGUCACCAACAGUAUCUGCAGUAUCAUGCUGAGAAAGAUGACGAUAACUCGAUCAGGUAGAGUGAGCUUAAUUGAACAGUAUCUUGACAGGCCCUGGAAUGACUGGAUGAGGUUUUCAAAACAAUGAAAAGACAAUGGAACAUUCUGAUCACUGGAUCAUGACUGGAUGACAUGGAGAACAGUGGGAUUUUCAAAACAAUGUAAAGACAAUGGAACAUUCUGAUCAGUGGAUCAUGACUGGAUGGCAUGGAGAACAGUGGGAUUUUCAAAACAAUGAAAAGACAAUGGAACAUUUUCAUCACUGAAUUGUGAUGGCAUGGAGAACAGUGGGAUUUUUUAAACGAAUGAAAAAACAAUCCUUAAACAUUCCCAUCACUUAAUCGUGUCUGGUUAUGGUACUAGGAACAUUUACUUGAUCGGUUUAUGGUUAGUUUGGUCUCUAUACGUUGUAGCGUUUUCUGUUAUAGGUUACCAAAAGUACACUUUUUGACCCCAGGAAGAUUUGUUACUGCUGGGAUGCAAACCUCUCCAGGUUCGAACACUAGUUUUUAAACUAACUAGGAAAUAAAUAUGCAGUUGGCCGAUUAGAAUUUCGCCUCAGUUGCAUGUGAAAGAUUAGUCUAAGAUUGUUUCCAGUUUGCAACCAUAGGUUUAAAACUGAACACAGGAGUAAGCUGUGAUACAUGACCCUUGCUGGACCUCUGGGGAGAACAGUUUGGAUACAAUGACACAGAGAACAAUUAAGGAAAAACACGUUUAACUAUUUAAACAUUUUCAUCUCACAAAAUAUUUCCUUACUAGAUCAAGUGAACACCGUUAUUGCGCAUUGGUCUGGAGCAUGUCAUGGUUUAGUUUAUUCACUUGUCAAAUCGUCAAAGGGUAUUUCAUGUUGUAUUUAAUAUAGUGUCUAGCAUGGCCGGAUUUUGGGGGGAGGUGCGUACCUCCCUUGAAAUUGUUUUGCACCUCCCCUCAGAAUUUUUGCCCCUCCCCUGAAAAAUCAUGCACCUCCGCUUGGGAAAGUUUCAUUUUUUGGUUGCUUAGGGUCUACACGUCGUAAGAAAGUUUUUUCUGUAAAAUUGAAACAGUGAUAGCUUUUCAUCUCUGUAUCAAGUACCCUUUUAAUGCGAUGUUUUGAAAGAAACUUUGUGCCCUUAUGAGUGAAAUUUUGAUCUAGAUAUGCCUGGACAAAAAUUUCAUCACAGCUUGAAAGAGCAUCACAAAAUUAGUAAUAUUCCGAAGUUUCGUUGCGAAAUGUUGUAAAAUACGGAUAAUAUAGCCCUGCGAAAUUUGCCGUUUUUCAGUCAUUUUGUAUUACAAACGGGAAAUUGAUAAUCAGUUUGAUCAUCUGAUUAUCAAUUUCUCAUGCGUAAUGCAAAAUGACUGAAAAUUACAAACUUCGCAAGGCUAUAUUAUCCGCAUUUUACAACAUUUCGCAACGAAACUUCGGAAUAUUACUAAUUUUGUGAUGCUCUGUCAAGCUGUGAUGAAAUUUUUGUCCAGGCAUAUCUAGAUCAAAAUUUCACUCAUAAGAGGAAAGGUCUAUUGGAUGAGUUCGGUACACUCAUAAUUUAUUAAUACACUGAUGCAAACGUCACGUCGUUGACUUUUGAUGGCCUGUUCUAAUCCCUAACCUUGCUGUCUACCAAUCUGGAAAAAUAACUUUAACAAUAUACUAACCCAGAGCAUUUUUGUAAAAAGAGAGAUCUGUAAAACUGGCAGUGGACGCUCAUUUGGAUCUCAGAAGGGGUGGAAAAAUAUUUUAUUUUUUGCAUGGUAUACCACAUGGGAAUUUUGAAACUUUUCUUUAACUUAUAUCGACAGUAACUGUAAAAAUUGCCAGAUUAAGCCAUAUAAACUUUAUAAAAUGUACGCCAAAACUACUGCUUAGAUCGUGUCUAAGUUCAUUUUGUUUUAUUUUUUUAGAUGUUGAACGUAAACCAGACGUAGUGUUGACGACAUCGUCGAAGAUUUUAGUGAGUAAUGCGAGUGUUUGUAAGUCAUGCAUAUCACUUGGUACGGAGAAUAACAACAUUAUGACUUGGGACAAGUUGACAGGUACUACACUAAGUCUUGGCUAAGUUUUCAAGCUAUAUACCGAUUGAUCAAGCCUGAAUUUAAAGCCUGAAUUUAAAACCUGAAUUUAAAACCUUAAUUUAAAACCUUAAUUUAAAACCUUAAUUUAAAACCUGAAUUUAAGGCCUGAAUUUAAAGCCAAAACCAUUAUGCUUCAGGUUUACCACUGGCAAUCGUGAACCUACCAAGCACUAGUACCAUCAUAGCCUUGGAUUUCAUACCAACCAUCAAAGAAAAUAGUUGCACGUCAUUAUAUCCAAAAUUGUUGGUAUGUUGUGCUGAUGGUGGUCUGUUCAUGGUGGAAUAUGGUGAUAAUGAUCAGACAACGAUUGUCAAGUUACCUUCAAGGUGAGUUUAAGUGUCAAAUAUCAGUAUGAAACCUUGAUUAGGCUACUUCAUUAAUACUGUAUAGCUCUAUCAGUUCCAAAUUGUUCUUCCUUGAGGUUCAGUAAGGAUCGUCUCUUAUUGAUCCAGUGUUAACUACAGGAGGAAACCUAAACUAAACUAACUUCAUUUAUACUGUAUAGCUCUCAGUUCUAUAACUGUUUUUCCUAGAGGUCCACUCAGGUCCAGUAAGAAUUAUUUCUUGUUGAUCCAGUGUUACUACAGAAGGAAACCUAAGUUAUCUUUGUUUAUGCUGGAUAGCUCUAUCGGAUUUAAAAUGUUUCUCGUUGAGGAUUAGUAAAUAGCAUCCCUCAUUAGCUGAAUAUAAGGAACUAUUUACGAGUCUAGUAUAAAUAUAAAUUUUAGCUCGUUCAAGAUGCGAGACCCUGUUGUGCAGAUGACUUGUCUUUUGAAUCUAUCACAUCUGGUAAGUGUUCGUUCACUUUUAUGCAAUCAUAAGAUCUUAUACGCUUAUAAUUUAAAAAGCACUAAGUUAAAACCGUAUAGUGUAUAUACAAUCAUUAGAGAGGAUUUGAUUUGACUUCCACUACUGGUACUAUUAACUAAUCGGAUGCUUUAAAUCUUCCAUAGAGAGAGAUAUGAGUGAGAGACAGGUAGUGGUGGUGAAAUUUGAACCUCUCUAAUACAAUCAUUAUGACAGCCACCAUUCAUGAUCACCAUCACCAUUUUAUCGUUAGAAGUAAUUAGUAACUACUAGCGGUAACUAUAGGCGUAUGCUGUGACUAAUUGCUCGAUUAGGUUUAUUACAAACAUUACACACCGACAACUACAUCUGAUCUACGUACCAUCCUUUGACCCAGGUACUUAUUCAGAGGAAGUCUGGUAAAAUCAUGUUAUUGGAUGUCUCAACAAAAAUACUAAAGUGUCAGAUUGGUCUUGCUAAACCGCUCACAAUGUUAAAUGGAUUUUGUUAUACACAUGUAACGUCAACCCUGUACAUGAAAGGUAAAACUUACUUAAUAUAUUAUUUAUAUAAUAUUUAUUUUGACGUCUCACGUACAGAAACUGAGGGAGUAUCUGUAUUAGAGCAGGAUUUACAAGGGGUACAGAGGGAUGCCUUGGUAACUAAGGAUGCAAGUGGGGAGGGGGAGAUACCAAUUUCUUCAUCAAAACCAUUUGUUAUUUGGAAAGGCAAUAUCCAACCAUGAACUGUCUUUGCCAGUGUAGGUAGUGCCAAUCAAAUGAACAAGCUUUCGUUGGUAGGAAUGCAACUACCUGGCAACAAACAGGCCUCGAAUUUAGCGGCGGCCACUGGCGGCCGUUGAUGCCCUACUUGUUGGCCGCUAUGCCCUCGAAAUAUACUGAAAUCCACGGCCAGUAGUGGCCUGCCCUCAACCACAGAGUACAGUAUACUGUACUUAUGCUUUAGAAUACCAAGUGUAUCAUUUGUAAAAUUUGUAAAAUUGGCAAUAAUCACUUAAUAUGUACUGUACAGUCUUAUUAGUUAUAGUUUAAUAGAUAGUUCAGAUACAUGUAAAUACGAUAUGAAUAGUUUUGUUUGGCAUUUUUUUAAUUGUUUAUUUUUAAUUUUUAAUCUGUAUAUUUUUCCUGUCUCAUGGUAACUCAGACGUUAUUUGAAACUUCAAAAUGGCAACUGAAUAAAAUUUUCAAACUGGCCUUGAUGCCUUGAAAAACUUAGUAACAUUUAAGCCCAAACUGACCUUGCCUUUAUUUUUCCCAAAUUCGAGGCCUGAACAAAUAUAUAAGGAGAAUUUCAACGUUUCGAGCGAAGGCCCUUCGUUAACUCCAGACGAAGGGUCUUCGCUCGAAACGUCGAAAUUCUCCUUAUGUUUUUCAGGUAGUUGCAUCGCUACCAACGAAAGCUUGUUCAAUAUCCUACCAUUCCUAUGAAGAAGCGGUGCUUGUAAGUGGAGGUUCAACUACAUUGUGAUGUUUUCAAACUCAUCUGUAUAUUUAGGUGGACGUAAAGAUGAAUACAACGAGGAGAUAUUACCAGAGGUAUGUCUACUAAUAAGAAAUAUAAGAUUCCCUCAAUUUGUAGGCUGACUUGGUUUUUCGGUUUGGAGGGAAAAUGGUGUUUGGAAAUUCGACUACAGAGUAAACCUAAAUAUUGUAAACCAAUGUUAAACUGCCAUUACAAUUGCUGUAUAAACUAUAACGUCUGUUUUUUGUUAUUCUUUUCUAGAGUGUAUGUGUUUAUAAAAUGAAAGUGGACACGUUUCCUGUUGUGAAGAUGUAUUUGGAAGAUUCAACUAAAGUUGAAACAAACAGAAUUUUGGAAGGUUUUGAUAAACGUGUUGCUGCUAUAGAACAGGAAAGGUAAGGAUAAUCCAUCUUCACUAGACACUAAGCUAACUUUAUUUAUACUGGAUGGCUCUAUCAGUUCUAAACUGUUUCUCUAGUGGUCCGGCCUGAGGGUCAUCUCUUGUUGAUUUAGUGUUACUACAGGAGGAAUCGAUGAAAUUGUGGUCAGUGAACCUGUAUGGGAAGCGCUUUUCUGGUCAUAUAUGACAGAAACGAAAUUGUAAUCAAGUCACAGAGGUUUUAAGCCAUAUCUUAUCGCGUUCAUACUUGUAGGAUCUCAUCUUAUGAAAAACGACAGAGAAAUCACAAGACAAGAUGGCGGCAGCUGGAGGGUGAAUCGAACCGCAUGAAAAGACCUGCAAAUGUAGGACAGUCACUAUGGUUUACUGGAACUAUUGAAGUCUGA